AAGUUUUUCAAAACUUUCUGGAGGUUAACGGAGAAUUGCAGCAGCCGUGGCCGAGCUGCGGAGGAUAACAGGGGACUGGAACCUACGCUUCCCGACUGGCUUUAUGAAAGAUUCCCCGUCGAUUUUGGAGACUUUAUUUUUUUGUGAACACAAUAAAGGAUGUAUUUUUACUGAAAGCCCACACUGAAACGCUGGAAACUUUUCCAUCGAAAUGGAAGGGAAUAUUCCAUGGAUUAUUUUCUUGUUUUUCUUGUUUAUGCAGACUUGUCAAGGGAUCCGUUGCGCGGAUAAAUACAGACCUUGUGAAAAUGGGGGGACAUGCUUAGAAUCAACCUCUCAGUGCAGAUGCCGCCCCGGAUUCAUUGGUCCUCUCUGUCAUCACCUGGAUCCCUGUCAUCGAUCGCCGUGUCUAAAUGGAGCAGCUUGCAAGAGCCAGGUGGUUAAUGGUAUUCCACAAUAUUCCUGCGUGUGCCAGCGAGGGUUCAGAGGCCAAGAUUGUUCCCUCAUUGAUGCCUGUGCCACCAGUCCCUGUGCCAAUGGGGCUCGUUGUGCCAACUGGAAUAACCACUACAAUUGUUCCUGCCCACCUGGCUUCCAGGGAAAGAACUGCCGCAAUGACAUUGAUGAGUGCCGCAAGCCUGUCUUGUGUCUUAACGGUGGCGUCUGCAGUAACACCCAUGGGUCCUUCCGUUGCCAGUGCCAACCUGGAUACAGCGGACGUACAUGUGAGGUGUCCACCCUUCCAUGUGCCCCUUCUCAGUGUCUUAACGGGGGCACCUGUCGACAAACCAGUGACCAUUCCUAUGAGUGUGCUUGUCUACCAGGGUUUGAGGGACACAACUGUGAGAAUAAUGUGGACGACUGUCCAGGUCACAAAUGUAUGAAUGGAGGAAUAUGCGUGGAUGGUGUCAACACCUACAACUGUCAGUGCCCACCAGAAUGGACAGGACAAUACUGUGCUGAAGACGUCAACGAGUGUCUCAUGCAACCCAACGCCUGCCAUAACGGAGGCACUUGCUUCAACACCAUUGGGGGUCAUACCUGUGUCUGUGUCAACGGCUGGACUGGAGAUGAUUGCAGUGAGAACAUUGAUGACUGCGCAAUCGCAGUUUGCUUCAAUGGAGCAACCUGUCAUGAUCGUGUAGCAUCCUUCUUCUGCGAGUGCCCAGUUGGAAAAACCGGUUUGCUCUGCCACCUUGAUGAUGCAUGUGUGAGCAACCCCUGCAAUGAGGGGGCAGUGUGUGACACCAACCCCCUUAAUGGUCGGGCUAUCUGCACGUGCCCUGCUGGCUUUGUUGGAGGUGCCUGCAAUCAGGACAUGGAUGAAUGUUCCAUUGGUGCCAAUCCAUGUGAGCAUUUUGGGAAAUGUGUGAACACUGAAGGCUCCUUUCAGUGUCAGUGCGGACGUGGAUAUGCUGGACCGCGUUGUGAGAUUGACAUCAACGAAUGCCUUUCAAUGCCAUGCCAGAAUGAUGCCACUUGCCUGGACCGCAUUGGGGAGUUCACCUGCAUCUGCAUGCCAGGAUACAUGGGCACCUACUGUGAGACUGACAUAGACGACUGUGAGAGCAACCCAUGUGUAAAUGAUGGCAUCUGUCGGGACAUGGUCAAUGGCUUCACGUGCACCUGCCAGCCAGGGUUUACCGGUACCAUGUGUCAGAUUGACAUAGAUGAGUGCGCCAGCACGCCUUGCCAGAAUGGAGCCAAGUGCUACGACCGACCGAACGGGUUCGAGUGCCGCUGUGCUGAAGGUUAUGAAGGAACUCUCUGUGAGAGUAACAUCAACAACUGUCAGCCUGACCCAUGCCACCAUGGUACGUGCAUCGAUGGCAUUGCCAGCUACACGUGCAACUGUGAACCUGGCUACACCGGGUAUCGCUGUGAGAAUCAGCUCAAUGAGUGCCACAGCAACCCUUGUCAGAAUGGGGGCAAGUGUGUGGACCUGGUAAACAAGUACAUCUGCCAGUGCCAACAUGGAACCUCAGGUACAAACUGCGAAAUAAAUUUCGACGAUUGUGCUAGUAACCCAUGUGACUAUGGCAUCUGCAAAGACGGCAUCAACCGCUAUGACUGUGUUUGCAAACCAGGCUUCACUGGUCCCAAGUGUAACGUGGAAAUAGAUGAAUGUGCAUCAAGCCCCUGUAGAAAUGGGGGGACAUGUGUGGAUGAAGAGAACGGAUUCCACUGCCUGUGUCCUGAGGGCUUCAAGCCUCCUUACUGUUACUCGCAGGUGGACGAGUGUGGCAGCAGCCCAUGCGUCCACGGCUCAUGCAGGGAUGAUAUAAAUGGUUACCGAUGUGACUGUGAGCCCGGAUGGGUGGGGAAGAACUGUGACCUGGACAGGAACGACUGUUUGCCAAGUCCCUGCCAAAAUGCAGGCACAUGCAUCGACCAGCUCAAUGGCUUCACCUGCAAGUGUCGCCAAGGCUUCAAAGGCAACCUCUGCCAGAUGAACAUCAACGAAUGUGCAUCCAGUCCCUGCCUGAACAAAGGCAUCUGUGUGGAUGGUGUGGCCAGCUUCACCUGUCGCUGUGAGCUUCCUUACAGCGGACCUACCUGUGCAGAGGUCCUCACCCCCUGCUCCCCCAACCCUUGUGCCAACAACGCUGUGUGCUCACACACACCGGAUUACCUGGGCUAUCAGUGUAACUGCCAGCAAGGAUGGCAAGGUCAGCUGUGCAACAUUGAUGUCAAUGAGUGCAUCCUGAAUCCCUGCAAGAAUCGUGGGACAUGCACCAACACACUUGGAGGAUUUGUGUGUGCAUGCAGAGCUGGAUACACUGGGCUGACCUGUGAAACUGACAUCAAUGACUGCGCUUCUAAUCCAUGUUUGAGUGGAGGUUCCUGCACAGACGGUGUCAACUCCUUCCACUGUAGCUGUCUACCGGGUUUCACUGGGCCCCGCUGUGCUCUCGAGAUAAACGAAUGCCAGAGUUCGCCCUGCAAAAAUGGAGGCACAUGCACAGACUAUGUAAACUCCUACACCUGCACUUGUAGGCCUGGCUUUACUGGCAUCCACUGUGAAAACAACAUCCCUGACUGUACUGAAAGUUCUUGCUUCAAUGGAGGGACAUGCACAGACAAAAUUAAUGGCUAUUCCUGCACCUGCCGCUCUGGCUUCACUGGUUCCCACUGCCAGUAUGAGGUCAAUGAGUGCGACUCCCAGCCCUGUCUCAAUGGGGGAAUCUGUCAAGAUGCCCUGGAGUCUUUCCGCUGCUCCUGUCCCAAGGGUUAUACUGGCAACCGCUGCCAGACACCAGUAGAUUGGUGCAGACGCUCAUCUCCCUGCCAAAAUGGAGGCCGCUGUCGCCAAAAAGAUGCUUCCUUUAACUGUGAUUGUCCUUUUGGCUGGUCUGGUCGCUACUGUGACAUCCCAAGGGUCUCAUGUGAGACGGCUGCCCGCAAAAGAGGUCUCCAGACAGAUGAGCUCUGCCAUCACGGUGGUCACUGUGUGAACACUGGAAACGCCCACUAUUGUAAAUGCCCUGCUGACUACACGGGGAGCUAUUGUGAAAGCCAAGUGGAUCACUGUGAAGACAAACCCUGUCGCAAUGGUGCCACCUGCAGGGGAUAUGUUGGGGGGUAUCAGUGUGAUUGUAUGCCAGGAUACACUGGACAGAACUGUGAGAUGGAGAUCAACGAGUGCCAGUCUCAUCCAUGUCAGAAUGGAGGCACUUGCAUUGAUCUGGUGGGACAUUAUAUCUGCUCCUGCCCUCCUGGGACAAUGGGUGUUCUCUGUGAGAUCAAUGAAGAUGACUGCGCCCCACCCCUGAGACUACGCAAUGCUCCUCCUAAGUGCCUGAACAACGGCACUUGUGUGGACAGAGUGGGCGGAUACCGCUGCAACUGUCCACCGGGGUUCACGGGAGAAAGAUGCGAAGGCGACAUAAACGAAUGCCUGUCUAAUCCCUGCAGUCCUUCCAAUAGCCUCGACUGCAUCCAGCUGCCUAAUGAUUACCAGUGCAUCUGCAAGCCCGGCUUCACAGGCCGGAGGUGCCAGAGCAAGUUCAGUGCAUGUGAGUCUCAUCCUUGUCAAAAUGGAGGAGCAUGCUCAGUAUCUAGGAGCUCUGCACUAGGAUACACCUGUACAUGUGAACUAGGUUAUACUGGACCCAACUGCGAACGAAGUAUGACCUGCCGGGAGCUGUUCUGUUACAAUGGGGGGAGCUGUGCACCUACCACAUGGGGGGCACGCUGUACCUGCCUUCCAGGUUAUGGUGGACCCCAGUGUCAGCAUCGUAGCAAUGAAGGCUGCUCAUCGAAGCCCUGCAGGAAUGGCGGCUUGUGCACCGAGGAGACCAGCUUCCCAUAUUUUCACUGUCAGUGCGCAAGUGGCUGGAAGGGAAAACGCUGCGAGCAGACCUCUGCAACCAUCGAACCCCGAACGCCGCUGUGUCCGAUAGCGGACUGUCACGACAAAGCAAAUAACGGCCUCUGUGACAAAGAGUGCAAUACAAUGCCCUGCCGCUGGGAUGGCGGCGACUGUUCCCUAGCAGUGGACCCCUGGGCUCGUUGUGCAGACCCCCAGUGCUGGCGUGUGUUCAACAACAGCAAAUGUGAUGAGUCGUGCAACAAUGCCGAAUGUCUGUAUGACAACUUUGACUGUAAAGACACGGGGAAGGUUUGCAAUCCAAUAUAUGAAACCUACUGCAUCGACCACUUCGCCGACGGGCGCUGCGACGAGGGCUGCAACAGGGAGGAGUGUGGCUGGGAUGGCUUGGAUUGCGCAAGGACGGUUCCGGAGGUGCUCGCCGACGGUAUCUUGGUUUUGGUGGUUCUGCUGCCUCCGGAGGAGCUUCUUCGCACUAGCACGGCCUUUCUGCAGAAAUUAAGCGCCAUUUUACACACCACCCUGCGCUUCCGCCUGGACGACAACGGGGAAGCCAUGAUCCGCCCAUAUACUCGCCAGGAGGCGCGCUUCAAGAGGGAGCUGCAGCCUCACCAGGACGUCAUUGGGUCAGUCGCGCACACGUUUAGCGUAAAAUACAAAGGCCUGUGUCUGAUUUUGCAUUGCAUUAAACACUGUUUUCUAUGUUGUCCCUUUAGCUCGAUAGUUUACCUGGAAAUAGACAACCGCCUGUGCUCUCCGGACUUUAAUGACUGCUUCCAAACAGCGAACAGUGCAGCAGACUACCUAGGGGCCCUGUCUGCUGCAGAAAUGCUCCGCUUUCCCUACCAAAUCGAAAAAGUCACUACAAUUGAUAAGGUGGACCCUGGUCCUGUCAUACCUGAAUGGGCCAAGCUGAUGCUGGCAGGGAUCGUCUCUGCGUUUGUUUUCAUCAUUCUUAUAAUCGGCAUGUUGAUUGCUCGAAGAAAGAGAGAGCACAGCACCCUUUGGAUCCCUGAGGGCUUUUUCCUGAAGAAGGAGCCCAGCAGUAAUAAAAACCGCAGGGAACCUGUUGGUCAGGACGCUCUAGGAAUGAAACACAUGCCAAAAACUGUGGAGGAAUCACUCCUUGGAGAUCACAGCGACCAGUGGAUUGACGCAGACUGUCCAGAGGCAAAAAGGCUCAAGGUUGAAGAACCAAGUAUGCUGUCAGACAGUGAAGAUGCAGUGGACAGCCGACAGUGGACUCAGCAUCAUCUUGCAGCUGCAGACAUUCGCGUGCCUCCCACCAUGGCCCUCACCCCACCCCAAGGAGAGUUCGAGAGUGACUGCAUGGACGUUAAUGUCAGGGGCCCAGAUGGUUUCACGCCGCUGAUGCUGGCGUCGUUCUGUGGCGGCGGCAUCGAGUCUGAGGUGGCGGAGGAGGAGGAGAGCGAGGAAUGCUCCGCCAACAUCAUCUCCGACCUGAUCUAUCAGGGGGCGUCGCUUGCCGCCCAGACCGACCGCACCGGAGAGACGGCGCUGCACCUGGCCGCUCGCUACGCCCGCGCCGAUGCUGCAAAGAGGCUGCUGGAUGCAGGGGCGGAUGCAAAUGCACAGGACAACACUGGACGAACGCCGCUACACGCAGCAGUGGCUGCAGAUGCACAGGGUGUCUUCCAGAUUCUAAUUCGAAACCGUGCUACGGAUCUGGACUCCCGUAUGUAUGACGGCUCCACUGCUCUGAUCCUGGCUGCGCGACUGGCAGUUGAGGGCAUGGUGGAGGAGCUCAUCACCUGUCAUGCAGAUGUCAAUGCAGUGGAUGAAUUGGGUAAAUCCGCUUUACAUUGGGCCGCUGCCGUCAACAAUGUGGAUGCAACUAUUGCCUUGCUGAAAAAUGGAGCAAACAAAGAUAUGCAAGAUCUCAAGGAGGAGACCCCUCUGUUCCUUGCAGCGCGGGAAGGCAGCUUGGAGGCUGUUAAAGUGCUGCUGGUUCACUUUGCAAACAGAGAGAUCACAGACCACAUGGACAGGUUGCCAAGAGACAUUGCCCAGGAGCGCAUGCAUCACGAUAUCGUUCAGCUCCUUGAUGAGUACAACACAGUAAGAAGUCCCCAGGGUCACGGCGGGGCUGGACAUCACCUUGCUGGGGGACACACUCUGUCUCCUCUCAUGUGCCCGCCCAGCGCCUUCCUGCCCAGCCUGAAGAACACCCCACAGGGCAAGAAGAACCGUCGGCCGGGGGCCAAGGGCUCCAGCCUGGGAGGUCAGCAUGCUACCAGCCUGAAGGAGUCGGUCAAGGCUCGCAACAAGAAGCUGACCCUGGACAUGCAAAGUGCCUUACUGGAAAGCUCAGUUACCCUGUCGCCGGUUGACUCACUGGACUCUCCCCACGGGGGAGCUAGCAAUGCUGGCUACAUCACUAACCCCACUUCACCUGUGGCCAUGCAGUCGCCAGGACUUUUCCACUCCUCCAUGUCGGUGCCAAACACCCCCAUGGUGCACACCAGCAUGUUGGAGGGAGGUGGCCCCUUCGCUGUGUCUCUAGCCCAGCUCAGUGACCUUGGAGCUGGAGGAAUGUCUAUGCAGGGUCGCGUCUCCAUGGCCUCCGAUGUCAACCACGGCUACGUGCUGAGCUCUGGCCAGAUGGGGCUCAACAUGGGCAUGGUCAGUCCCGUCAGUGUGCCCUUUGACUGGCACAACCGGAUGCCCCCUUCCUCCCAGUGUGGCCAGCAGGUAAUGAAUCUUGUGCAAAGUAGCCAAGGAGGCAUGCACCCCCAGAGCCCAGCUAUGCAGCAGCAGAGCAUGCUAAUGCACCAACAGCAGCUCUACCGCAACACAAUGCUACAGCCCACACCAGUUACCUCCACACCCACUAUCAGCCCAGUUAAGCUGCCCUCCAUCGCUGAGCAGCAGCAGCAGCAGCAGCAACAGCAGCAGCUCAUCAAUCACACCAUCACCACCCAACAGAACACACUCCGCAUGAGUACCUCCACCCCACCCACGCCCCAGACGUCACAGCCCGCACCAUCAUCCUUUUUCCAGCAGCAGCAGCAGCAGAUGCCUCAGCAACAACCUCAACCCCAGCCUUCGACUCAGCCCCCACAAGCAGCCACGUCAGCCCAGCCCAUUCAGGGCCUUCCCUCCCAGCCUAGUAGCAGCACUGCAGGAACAGAGGAUUACCCAACCCCUCCGUCCCAGCACAGCUACUCAUCCACGCAAGAUGCCACACCCAAGCAUUAUCUCCAUCUGCCCAGCGAGCACCCCUACCUGACCCCCUCACCCGAGUCUCCCGAGCCCUGGUCCAGCCCUUCUCCUCACUGCGUCUCUGAUUGGUCAGAUUCAACACCCAGCCCGGCUGUUGCUGGCCCAGCCCAGACCCAAAUUACUCAAAUCCCAGAGGCCAAUGGCAAGAUGCAGGUGUUUGCGUGAAGAUCCCGUGGCCUCUGCUUGAAAAGGGACCUGGGGCAAAAGAAUUCAUGGACUGGCUCUUGAGCCUGUCUGUGUUACUGUACGUCAGCCUGUUUCCAAGAUUUUCUUUGGAUUUGGAUUGACUGUGUUUAUGAUGAGGACCGUCUGCUAGUGAUUUCUGCAGAGAAAAAAGUAAAGGGAAAUGUGUGUUGUCUGGAAAAACUACAGACAAUUUAAUGAAGUAAUUCUGUCACAGAUGGACUUGUUUUUAUUAUAAAAAGUAUAUGAAGAAAACCAAGUCUUUAAUUUCAAAGACUUAGGGAUGCUCUCCGGAAAACUAACAAACAUUUAAAAAGUAGAUAAAAGAAAAAGUUAAAUGUUGAAGGGAAUUCAUUUAUUUUUAUUUAUUGUUUUUAUUGCUCCAAACUACUUUUUUAGUUCCUUACCCUCUUUCUAUUCUAGUGUUGUCACAUAAUGGGCCACCUCCUCAUAUUUUAUGCAGACUGCCUACAUUUCUAUUUAGCCAGUGUUGGUAAAAUAAUAUAAUUCUUUAUUGAGACCAGUUAACAGAGAGAAAGGGAAAUUGUCUUCUCUUGACUGAUAUUUAUUUAGAUUGACAACAGCUGGCAAAUACUAUAAACUGGUUCUAGCAAAUGUGUAUUAAAAAGUUGCUCGACGGUAGUGAUAUGUUGAGUUGAUUGAAUUGUGGUAAAUGAUUACUUUCCAUAUGAGUAUUAUGAAUGAGAAUGUAGAUGAGUGUCUCUGAAGCACUUCAAGUGACCAGCUUCAUAGGGCAAGUCUGGCUCAAAUAACUACAACAAUGUAUAUUUAUAAUAUAUGGGUGGCAUUUAUGUCCGUGUCAGUUUUACUUAAUUACGAACUAAAUGAGCAGAGUCAAAUGUAAGUGUUGUGUUCACAUUUCAAGUGUAGCUCCUCCUCGCUGACUGUCGGGACCCUGACCUCCAGUUCUGCUGCCAGCCUUGACUCCUUCAGUUUUGAUGCAUGUAUUGAUUCACUUUAAAAAAUGUUAUACGAAAUCAGCCUCCACUGCCCUUUUUAGUUUGUUACAAUACUUGUUUGGUUUAUUGUUUUAUACUUUGUAUAUAUUUGUGGAAACCUUCGAUACUUUUUUAAAGAUCACUUCAGAUGUACUAAGCUAUGCUUACCAGCUGCUAUUUUAUAUCACUCUUCCCUGCAAACAUUCCUACAUGUUACCCGUUGGGUAGCGUCUGGACAUUGUGCCUUUCAGCAGCUUCAGACAGUUUAGAACUAGGAUGGACAGGUGGGUUGCUUGGUCGCCCUUCGCUGAGCUAAACUGAUACAGUCUUGAUCCUGCCAUCCUGGCAGCAGAGGGGCCAUCGGCACUCUCGCCUCGUCUCUGUCUACGGUGGAGUGGCUGCUGGGCUGUGACUGCUUAUGCCCUGUCACUCCUCAGGGAGGUGUUUUAUGGCAUGCAGUCGGACAGAUCCUCUGCAUCUAGAGUAGCUAGGGUCCAGGCGCCAUGGAGUCGCAUCCUAAGACGACUGCUAAAAGAGACUGAAGUUAAAACACUACUAUGUAGUGCUGCAUCCCUUUAGAUUUGGAGAUGACGCUCCCAUCCAUCUAGCUAACGCCCGCUGUAAAGUCUGACCGACUCUCCAUCCUCACAUGCCAUCUCUGUAGGAUAGAGGUUGUGCUCUCCAUAGUGUAUUGUUGAUUUCUCAUCUUAAAGUCAAUUGAUAAUUGUAGAUUCUUGAAACAAUAACUCCUUGCGCCAUCAUAAACUGAAACGACCAGGCCGCCACUUUUAGCUGUUCGUUUAGUGGAGGCCUAACACUGCUCAUAGUUGUGUCAUGAACUGAGUUAUCGUUCAUUCCUUAUUGUAUUGUAUUCUAUUCACUCAGCUACUUUCCUGUCAAACCUGAGAAAUGUUGACAUUGUCGUUCACCGUUCUCUUCAACCUAUACUUGCAACAAAAAUGUUUUUUUUUUAUUUUUAUAUAUAUAACUGGUAUUUCAGUUUCCCUACUAGGUCGCACUAAGUUCUUUUUGUACAUUUCAACAGCUUUCUGUUUGUAAAUUUCUUUUUCUGGGUAGAUCUUCAAGAAGUCUUACAUUUCUAAAAUGAUUGUUAUGUACUAAAAAUUUCAAAAAUAAAACGUACUUCAUUUAGCAUUAUUUGAAGAUGAGGCUGUGAUUUUAUUGAUCUUGUGUUAUUAGAACAGUCAGAUAUUUCUACCAAUAUUAAUUUCAAUACUUAAAAGUAGUCCAAAAUCAUUGUACAUGAAACCUUUCCACAGUUUUCUUUAUACAGUCAAAAGUUGUAAAAUAAGUUACGUAUAAUAAAAACUGUAGGGAACUAC